AAAAACUCAGCCCAGAAUCGUUGUCGCCAAUUCGCCAUCGUCCUCCCAUAGCUCCUCCUUCUCCUCCAUCGCCUGCACAUCGACGCCGUCUCCCGUGGCUACUCCCAAACCCUAGCCAAUCCAACCCCACCUUUACAUCAGCCCUGCCGCGAGAUCGAUCCCUGCCGCGCCGCCCAUCUCGCCGCAACCACGCCCCUCGCGCGAGCGCCGCCAACCCUCCCUCCUUCUGCCCCCCUCCCGCUGCCGAGCGCCGCCACAGCCCCCCUCGCUCGUCUUCCUCCUCGUGCGAGCGCCCGCCAACGCCGGUUGGUCUCCCCUCCGACUCUCUCGCUCCCGACCGUUUCUCCUCCUCCCAUCACCCCACGGACACCGAUUCCGCCCUUUAGCUCCCCGUUUCACCCCCUUAUUUUCUCCAAUUCGUAACCGAGGCAAAAAUCAAGGUAGGGCGGACCUCCUCAGUGCGUCAGUGCUCAGUGGCGGAUCCACGAUUGGCCAAAGCAUAGGGCUAAGUCUCAGUGUCAAAUGCUGAUCUAGAAACUUGCAAGUUGAAGGAUCCUCAAUGGAUUUGAAUGCGUCACCAUUGCCUGAGGAUGAUGACCAGACUUAUGAAGGGGCAGGUGACGCUGAUUUUUCACAGGAUGAACAUAUCGAGUCCGCUGUUGAGAUAAUGCGAAGGGAACGUGAAGAAAGACGAAGAAAGUUAAAGAGAGAUCAACCAGAUGAUGGACCAAGGCCACGUCCACAACAGAUUAGGAAUGAACAAAUUAACCAAAACAAAAUUGGUGGAUACAGACGAAUUAAAGAGACACCUCAAGGUUGGUUGGAUUGCCCUGCAUCUGGUCAGCCAAUAGAUAAAAUUAUACCCUCUAAAGUUCCGCUGGAUGAAACAUUCAAUGAGUCUGUGCUUCCUGGGAAAAGAUAUUCUUCCAAACAAGUUGUUAAUAAACAAAGGAAGGCUAAUAGGGAAAUAGGUUUGGUGAUUGACUUGACAAAUACCUCCCGGUACUAUUCGCCAUCAGAGUGGACGAAGCAAGGCAUCAAACAUGUCAAGAUUGCCUGCAGGGGAAGAGAUGCUGUACCAGAAAAUGAAUCUGUUAACACGUUUGUAUAUGAGGUGUUAGCAUUUCAUGAGCGCCAAAAGCCAUCAAGGAAUCCCAAGUAUGUUCUUGUUCACUGUACUCAUGGGCAUAAUCGCACCGGUUUUAUGAUUGUCCAUUACCUAAUGCGCACGCAACUCUCUAGUGUUACUGAGGCAUUAAACAUAUUUGCUCAAAGACGGCCUCCAGGGAUAUAUAAAGCUGACUACAUUCAAGCACUAUAUUCAUUUUAUCAUGAAAUUCCUGAAAGUAUCGCGUGCCCGCCGACACCAGAAUGGAAGAGGCCUUCUGAUCUUGAUUUGAAUGGUGAAGCAAAGCAGGACGAUGAUGAUGACAAUGGUGACCUUGCACCAUCACCAGAUCCUGCAGAUAACAAGGCCAUUACUAAUGAUGAUGUCUUAGGGGAUGCUGUACCUUAUGACCAGCAGGAUAUCUUGCGUGGCAUUUGUUUUAAGCUUCUGGAUUUCGUGCCUAAUGGUAGAGCUAAUGCUCAAUUUCCAGGAUCUCAUCCGGUUUCUCUUAACAGCGAGAACCUGCAGCUUCUGAGACAACGAUAUUAUUAUGCUACAUGGAAAGCUGAUGGAACAAGAUACAUGAUGCUUAUAAUGCGGGAUGGCUGUUUCUUAAUUGAUCGGAACUUCUGCUUUAGAAGAGUUCAGAUGCGUUUUCCUAUUAGGAAUUUUAAUGAUGGUUUCCACAACUUUACAUUGAUCGAUGGAGAAAUGGUUGUAGACACCAUACCAGAUGGUGGAUUGAAGCGGAGGUACUUGGCAUAUGAUCUAAUGGCACUUAAUUUCUCCUCCAAAGUCAAGUUGCCUUUUUCUGACCGGUGGAAGCUACUUGAGGAUGAAAUAAUUCGUCCACGCAUCCAUGAAAGAAAGCAGUUUGAGACUGGUCUCAAAGGCAACCCUUCAUACAGAUACGAUCUGGAGCUUUUUUCGGUAAGAAGAAAAGAUUUUUGGCUGCUCUCCACUGUGAAGAAGUUACUCAAGGAAUUUAUUCCAGCACUUUCACAUGAGUCUGAUGGGCUUAUAUUUCAGGGCUGGGAUGAUCCUUACGUGAAUCGUACCCAUGAAGGUCUUUUAAAAUGGAAGUAUCCAGAGAUGAAUUCAGUUGACUUUUUGUUUGAGACUGGUAGUGAGAACCGUCAGUUGAUUUUUCUCUACGAGAGAGGUAAAAAGAAACUUAUGGAUGGUACCCGAGUGGUAUUCUCUGAUGAAGUAGAUCCAUCUUUGAUAUCAGGGAAAAUUGUAGAGUGCUCUUGGAAUAAACAGGAGGACUGCUGGUCCUGCAUGCGCAUCCGAGCAGAUAAAUCAACUCCUAAUGAUAUCAAUACUUACAGAAAGGUAAUGAGGAGCAUCACGGAUAACAUUACUGAAGACAAGCUCCUGGCGGAGAUGAAUGAGAUCAGUAGCCUUCCGAUGUAUGCUGACAGGAAGGCUCACGCGGAUAGGAAGGCUCAUGCUGAGAAGAUGGCUCAGCAGCAUCGAAGGAGAUGAAAAGGCCAAUAGUCAUAGUUUUUCCGAAUUAUAAUCAACACUUGCUGUCUGCCCUCCUGUAGCCUUUGUAUUUAGCAAUAAUCAAUUUUGGACUUCAUAGUGAUUCUUAGCAACACCGGACACUAUAGUUGGCCUACAAACUUUUCAAAACCGUCACAUAUUGGCCAUUGUAUAUGUUACAUUUCAGAGUGCUGCAUAUAUGUUCUUGUAAGUGUCCUCUGUGUUUAUAUUUCAGAAUAGCUUUAUCAAAUGAGAGUGUUGUAUUUUCUUUUCCUUUUUAAA